UUUCCCUUCAACAUUGCGCCCUUCACCGGACCCUUACUCACUUAUCUAUUCUACAUUCCAUAAAAGCUCUGCAUGGGAUACUCCUUAUUUUUUCCCACCUUCUUCUUAGUCUGUCCUCUUGUCUCUGGUUUUCUAUCCUCAGAGUUCAUAUAUCCAAAUUUAACCGCUACGGAAUAUCACUUUAUUGAUGAAGACGGUGCUUUCUUGGUCUCCCGUAAUGGCACAUUCAAAUCUGCCAUCUCGAAUCCUGGUGCUCAAAAAACCAACUUUUACUUGUGUGUCAUCCAUGUGGAAUCCAACACCAUCAUCUGGUCUGCUAACCGUGAUGCUCCCAUCUCGGAUUCUGGUGCAGUGUCUCUUACGACCAACGGGAUUACAAUUGCUGAUCAAGACGGUGUACUCAGAUGGUCAACUCCUCCAUUACCUUCAUCGGUAUAUGCAUUAAAAUUAACUGAGUUGGGUAAUCUUGUCUUACUUGAUCAUUCCAAUGGUUCUCUUUGGGAAAGUUUCCACCAUCCAACCGACACAAUUGUGAUUGGACAACACUUACCUGUUGGGACAUAUCUGUCUAGUGCUACAUCGGAUUACAACUUAUCAUCUGGUGAUUACAGGCUCACAAUAAGUACUUCUGAUGCCUUACUGCAAUGGCACAAACAAACAUAUUGGAAAUUGUCAAUGGAUACAGAGGCUUAUAUCAACUCGAACUAUAUUGUGCAAUACAUGGCAAUAAACAGAACAGGUCUUUAUCUCUUUGGCCCAAAUGAAUCGUUGGUUGUUAUACAGGUGAUCUUGUCGCCAGCGGACUUCCGAAUUGCGAAGUUGGGUGCAUCAGGUCACUUGACGGUCAGCAGAUAUUCUGGCACGAAGUGGGAUCAGGACUUUUUUGGGCCAACGGAUGAUUGUAAAACUCCAUUCAUAUGUGGCCGAAUUGGGUUGUGUAAUGAUGGCCUAUCCAGUGGCCUAUCCUGUUCAUGUCCAUCGGGCUUCCAUGUUGUUUCACAGGAUUGUGUGCCAAAUAAUGGCUCUUACUAUUUGCCAAUUGCUUGUAACUCAUCAGGUUUUUCAUAUAUGGGGCUUGGCUAUGGGACACAGUAUUUUGCUAAUGAUUUCUCUGAGCCUCUGAGAUAUCAUGUCAAUCUGUCAGUUUGUGUAGAUCUCUGCUCAGGGGACUGUUCUUGCUUAGGAUUUUUCCAUGAAAACUCAUCUGGUUCUUGCUAUGUGCUUGGAAAUGAGCUGGGUUCUGUUAUGUCGAGCAAUGAUGCUGAAAAUGACCUGGUAGGCUACAUCAAAGUUCUUGCUGGUCCAAGCACAAAUGGUGUUACAGGUGUAAGCAGUCGAAGACAAAAGAUUCCUGUAGCUGCUCUGGUGCUUUUACCUUUCACUGGAUUCUUUCUGCUAGGGGCUCUAGGUUUUCUCUGGUGGAAGAGAUGGGGACCCUCCAAGUCUAAAGAAAUAAAAUUAGGUCGCCGCAACUCACAUUCUUCUGAAGACCUGGAUGACUUCUACAUACCAGGCUUGCCGAAAAGGUUUGACUAUGACGAGCUUGAGGUGGCUACUGAUAAUUUCAAGACUCAGAUUGGAUUGGGUGGAUUUGGUGCUGUAUACAAGGGGACACUGCUAGAUAAAACUGUUGUGGCCAUAAAGAAGAUAACCAAUUUAGGCGUUCAAGGGAGAAAAGAAUUCUGCACUGAGAUUGCAGUUAUUGGAAAUGUUCACCAUGUGAAUUUGGUUAGACUGAAAGGGUUUUGUGCUCAAGGGAGAAAACGGCUAUUGGUUUAUGAAUAUAUGAAUCAUGGCUCACUGGACCGGACUCUCUUUGGUAGUGGACCUGUCUUAGAAUGGCAAGAGAGGUUUGAUAUAGCGCUUGGAACAGCACGCGGACUUGCAUAUCUGCAUAAUGGAUGUGAACACAAGAUCAUCCAUUGUGAUGUCAAACCUGAGAACAUUCUAUUGGAUGACCACCUUCAAGCAAAGAUCACCGAUUUUGGGCUCUCAAAGCUUCUGAGCCCCGAACAGUCUGGUCUGUUCACAACAAUGAGAGGCACUCGUGGCUAUCUUGCACCUGAAUGGCUAACCAACUCUGCAAUCUCUGAAAGGACUGAUGUCUACAGUUUUGGAAUGGUGCUGCUUGAACUUGUCAGUGGAAGGAAAAAUUGCUUGUUACGAUCACAAAGCCAUAGCAUGGAUGACAAUGAUAGUGGUGGUGGCCACUCUUCUUCAUCAUCAGGGUCAGGAUUUGGUUAUUAUCCUCUAUUUGCAUUAGAGAUGCAUGAACAAGGGAGGUAUUUGGAGCUUGCUGACCCAAGGCUACAAGGACGGGUGACAAGCGAAGAGGUGGAAAAAUUAGUUUGUGUCGCUUUGUGUUGUCUCCAUGAGGAACCAGCACUUAGGCCGAAUAUGGUUAGUGUUGUUGGUAUGUUGGAAGGUGGGAUUCCUGUCAUUCAGCCAAUUAUAGAAUCUCUGAACUUCUUGCGCUUUUAUGGUCGUAGAUUUACUGAGGCUUCUACAAUAAUGGAACAAAAUGGCUCUACAUCGUAUCCAUUAGCAAAUGCCUCCAGAAACACAAGUGGCUUGCAUGCUAUUUUUUCUUUUGUCUCUUCACAGCAGAUAUCUGGCCCAAGAUAGUGUUGAAUGGCCGAUGUUUUUGGAGUUUCUGUAUAGUUUUCUGUGAAUGACCAUGAAACAUAUGUUGCUAGGAAAUCUAGUUGUUACAUUUUCUUGAAACUGGACUGUAUUGUAUCAUUCUUGCAUGUUGCCACUAGGAUCAGGGCGGAUUGAGUGGCUGUGGUUCUUUACAGUUGUGUAAAAGGGUUCUCUUUUGAA